CCUGUUUGUGUUUCUGAGCUGAGCGAGUUCCUUUGUGGUUCACCAGCAGCACGACUGGGGCCUUGCUUGGUGUGACACGGAGUCGGGAGAGAAGAAAAAAAAAAGAAAAAAAACCCGCCUCACUCGUAUGAGGAACAGCUAUUAACAUUCAAAAUACAAAGACAAGCCGCCCGAGAGAAUCCCCGUAUUCACACUGCCCCGGCGGUGAACGCGUUUGAUUGUACUGAAACUGAGGGAUUGGAUACUCCCAGCAGUUUCACAAGGUUUCCCCCGAGACUCUGUGGAAAGUCUCCUCCCCUCUCUGCGUGACGCUGUGGACGCGCUGACCCGUGCUUGACCACACAGAGGAGCAGACAGCGCACGCCGGCCGCAGCAUGAACGAAGUGACCGUGGUGCGGGAGGGCUGGCUUCACAAGAGAGGAGAGUACAUUAAAACAUGGAGACCCCGUUAUUUCAUCCUAAAGAGCGAUGGCUCCUUUAUCGGCUACAAAGAGAAACCAGAGACAUCCGACCACAUCCUGCCUCCUUUAAACAAUUUCACAGUAGGCGAAUGUCAGCUGAUGAAGACGGAGCGUCCGAGACCCAACACCUUUAUGAUCAGGUGUCUGCAGUGGACGACGGUCAUCGAGCGGACCUUUCACGUGGACAGUCCAGAUGAGAGGGAGGAGUGGAUUCGUGCGAUCCAGACGGUGGCGAACAGCCUGAAGAACAGGGUGCCGGAUGAGGAGCCCAUGGACAUCAAGUUCGGCUCUCCCAGCGACAACUGUGGCGCAGAGGAGAUGGAAGUGGCAAUCUCCAGGACCAGAUCCAAAGUGACCAUGAGUGACUUCGACUAUCUGAAGCUGCUUGGCAAAGGGACGUUCGGGAAGGUGAUUCUGGUGAAGGAGAAAGCCACAGGGAUGUACUACGCCAUGAAGAUACUCAGGAAAGAGGUUAUCAUUGCCAAAGAUGAAGUCGCUCACACAGUCACUGAGAGCAGAGUGCUACAAAACACCAGGCAUCCCUUUCUAACUACACUAAAGUAUGCUUUCCAGACGCACGACCGGCUGUGCUUUGUGAUGGAGUACGCCAACGGAGGAGAGCUGUUUUUCCACCUGUCCCGGGACCGUGUGUUCACGGAGGAGCGAGCCCGGUUCUAUGGUGCUGAGAUCGUGUCUGCACUGGAAUACCUGCACUCCAGGAACGUGGUCUACAGGGACCUCAAGCUGGAGAACCUAAUGCUGGAUAAAGACGGCCACAUCAAGAUCACAGACUUCGGGCUUUGCAAGGAGGGCAUCACUGACGGGGCCACCAUGAAGACAUUCUGCGGGACCCCCGAAUACCUGGCACCUGAGGUGCUAGAGGACAAUGACUAUGGGCGGGCGGUGGACUGGUGGGGGCUGGGCGUGGUUAUGUAUGAGAUGAUGUGCGGCCGACUGCCCUUCUACAACCAGGACCACGAGCGCCUCUUUGAGCUCAUCCUCAUGGAGGAGAUUCGAUUCCCCCGCAACCUGUCCCCCGAGGCCAGGGCACUGCUGGCAGGACUGCUUAAGAAGGACCCCAAGCAGAGGUUGGGUGGUGGGCCGGACGAUGCUAAGGAUGUGAUGACCCACAAGUUCUUCACUGCCAUUAACUGGCAGGACGUACUGCAGAAGAAGCUUGUCCCCCCUUUCAAGCCCCAGGUAACGUCGGAAACCGAUACGAGAUACUUUGAUGAUGAAUUCACAGCACAGACGAUUACAGUCACCCCCCCAGACAAAUAUGACAGCCUGGACUCUGAAGACCCCACUCAGCGGACACACUUCCCGCAGUUCUCCUACUCUGCCAGUAUACGAGAGUGACCAGGCCGGGAGAAACUCCACGAAGCAACAAGAACAGAAGACAAGACGCAUAGACUGGUCUGAUUCACGGGACAGCUACGCCCCAUAGCCCUGCGUUAAUCGGAUACUACACUAAAAACAAACCCAAAAAAGAAAACAAUACACACACACACACAUCCUAGAGACUGCAGGAAUCCUUUGAGAAACCCUACCUGAAAUCUAGUUUUUCUUUCUUUUCUUAAGAGGAAAAAUCCUUUCUUUUUUUUUUUUUUUUAAUGUUUCUGAAUGUUACACCGUUUUAAGCCAUAGUCUGUGAUACAAGUGCUCUUUUUGGAAAGCAGCUGUUACCAAUAGUGUUGAACUGUUCCUACUGGGCAAGCUCAGAGUGAUUCCAAUUUUUUUUUUUUUCCCGCACACUCAA